AUGAAUAUCUUCCUCAAUAAAUAUGGAACUGAUACAACCACAAACUUUCAACUUAUGAGAUGGGCGAAUGAGUUAAAUAUAUCACCGUUUUAUUAUUGUAUGAGAGAUGAAAUAAAUGAUCUCAAAUAUAAGAAAGAAUCAACUGAAGAGAUAAUGAAUAAACCAAUCAAAUGUUCUACAUUUCAAAUUCAAUUACCAGGACAAGAGUUUUGUGGACAGCUUUCACUUUGGGUUUUAUAUCAGUUGGAUGAAAAUUUCAAAGUAACUGAUAUAAAAUCUCCGGAAAAUGAUAAUGAUGCUGUUCACAAGAAAUAUUUACGGGAACAAAUAAAUUCAAUUAAAGUAAAUAAAAACCAUUUGGAAGAUAAAAUAAGUAAUGUGAAAAGGCUCUUCAAACGUCAACUAAAUAAUAAAAAUGUUAUUAAUGAUACUAAACUACAGCAAGAGGUAGCAGAAACUAAAAAACCUAACACUACAGCGUGGAUAAAUAAAGCGAAACCUUACUUUGUGGAUCAAAUCGGAGACACUCUUCAAGGUGAUUUAGAUAUGAACAAUUUCAAAGUAACUAAUUUAAAGUCUCCGGAAAACGAUAAUGACGCUGUUCACAAGAAAUAUUUACGGGAACAAAUAAAUUCAAUUGAAGUAAAUAAAAACCAUUUAGAAGAUAAAAUAAACAAAACUCAGGAAUUACAUCUAAUCGUCAAUUUAACACUCGUAAAGUUCUUCAGUAUCAAUGGUACAGAAAAUGUAGAAACUAAAAAAUAUGAAAUUAACGACGAAAACAGCAAGUUUAAUCACUUUUAUGAAAUUAGAACAAGUGGAAAAUAUAUAGAUAGGUUUAGAAUGUUAAUCAUACCAGAUAAAAAAAAUGAUACGCUUUCAUUGAGUGAAUUUGAUAUGAUAUUGGAGACAGAAACUUCACCAUCAAUGAAUAUCAUUAGAAAUCCAAAACCACAAAAAGUAGAAGGAAGGCCAAUCAGUUAUCAGUUUUUACGAGUAACAGACUUUGAAUAUGUAAAAAUAUAUUUUGUUAAUAGUAGUUUUUUACACGAACAUGGAAUUAUCUCUUCAACUAAUUUAUUUACCUCAGUCAAUAUUCACAAAAGUCAUAGAGAUAAACAAUUUAUAACACUUCAACAAAUGCAGAAAAACAUGGAGUAG